AUGGCUCUUUCGGUUCUCUCUCAGGUGUCUCUGGCUAUUCCGAUUCAUAACGAUUCAUCUCUUCGGAUAUCAGUGUUUAAGACCAAUAGCAUAAGCUAUCGAGAUAAAUCAUGGGUAUCUAUCUUACCUUCCGACUUGAAAACCAAGAAGUCACACUCAAAAAAUCAGUCGAUGGUGUACAUGUCAGUUCAACAAGCCAGCAAACCUAAGGUUGCAGUUUCACCUUUAGUACUUGAGGAUGUAGAAGAGCCUCCGUUGAACUUGUACAAGCCGAAGGGACCCUACACAGCAACCAUUCUCUCUGUCGAUAGGCUUGUUGGCCCAAAAGCUCCAGGAGAAACUUGUCAUAUUGUGAUUGAUCAUGGUGGCAAUGUUCCUUAUUGGGAAGGUCAAAGUUACGGCGUAAUUCCUCCUGGUGAGAACCCAAAGAAACCAGGAACUCCCAACAAUGUUCGUCUUUACUCAAUUGCAUCUACCAGGUAUGGAGACUUUUUUGAUGGCAAGACAGCCAGUUUGUGCGUUCGGCGUGCUGUCUACUAUGAUCCCGAGACAGGGGAAGAAGAUCCUUCAAAGAAAGGAGUAUGCAGCAAUUUCCUAUGUGAUUCGAAGCCUGGGGACAAGAUACAGAUCACAGGUCCUUCGGGCAAAAUAAUGCUUUUGCCUGAAGAUGAUCCAAACGCCACCCACAUAAUGAUUGCUACUGGUACUGGUGUGGCACCUUUCAGAGGCUACCUUCGACGUAUGUUCAUGGAAAAUGUUCCUACAUUCAAGUUUGGUGGUCUCGCUUGGCUCUUCCUUGGGGUGGCCAACACCGACAGUCUCCUAUAUGAUGAUGAGUUCACCAAGUAUCUCCAAGAAUACCCAGAUAACUUCCGAUAUGACCGCGCUCUUAGCCGAGAACAAAAGAACCAGAGUGGAGGCAAGAUGUACGUGCAGGAUAAAAUUGAAGAAUACAGUGAUGAGGUCUUCAAACUCUUGGAUAAUGGGGCCCAUAUUUACUUCUGUGGUCUCAAGGGAAUGAUGCCCGGGAUCCAAGAUACACUAAAGAGGGUUGCAGAGCAGAGAGGAGAGAACUGGGAAGAAAAGCUCUCACAACUCAAAAAGAACAAACAAUGGCAUGUUGAAAUGACUAAUUGUUCUAUUGUCCAACACAAAUUAACGUUGCGCUUGGAAGCGCCUCUAAAUGAAUUUUCAGUCCUAAAAGGCCAUUUGAAAAAGCCAAAUUUGUUUGAUAAGAGUAACUCUAAUCAGGUUGUCAAAUCUCGGCUGAACAACUUUAACGUCUCUUUUUGACAUCUUUUUCCUCCUCUGAUGGUUGCAACAUCUCUCUUUAUGUCUUAUUUACAAGCACGACAUGUACAUUGGAAAGAAGAAGGAGAUGGAACUUCUUCAUCUCCAGUAUGAGCUGAGUAGAUUCUGCAACUCCAGCACUUUACCGGUGCCAUUGACACAGCUUCUAAAUCUGACGCCUCCAUUGCUGACACUGCCUUCAAUCUUGAGAAAAUCGAUGGACAAAGACUCAUCCCUUGGUGUCGAGAAUGUCGACAGUAGGAUUUAGGUGUUCUCCAUGAUAGUGUGAAAAUGGGUAUUGCGGGAAACUUAAGAUGAGUGUGAGAGCCAGUUGUUUGGAUAGACGUGG